GUCGAGGCAGACAUUUUUCAAUGCAAGAUUUUUUUUCCCCCUCUCGCAUAAAUUAUGUUCAUGACGUAGUGCGAAAGGACAAUUUUGAGGCAAUUUUGCCCGACUUUGCAGCUCAGGGGGGCUUCGGGGGGAGACACCUGGAGGAUGUGUGUCGUCACAGCGCCUGUCUGGGAGCUGAGAUGAAUUUCUAAUGAUGUGACUGAAACAAACUGUGACAAGGAGCCAUAGGAGAGCGGGGGAUUACGGAAAAUCAGCUGCCUUUACGCGAAUGCCAGGAAGAGCGUGCCUGUGGUGGUGCAGCCAUGAACUCCCAGGACCUUCCUGCCAAAGAUGCCCCACUCACUGUCAACGAGCAGGUCAUUGUCAUGUCUGGCCAUGAAACAAUCCGGGUACUAGAAGUAGAGGUGGAUGCCUCUCUGCCGUUGUCAGCCCCCGAUGGAAAGAGCGAGCACAAGGCCGAGGAGGGGUCGGCUCAGCCCACAGACAGAGCUGAGGCCAGCAGCCCCGUGGUGCCACAGAGCUCGGGGGAAGCAGGGACGGCUGAGCAGCAGKUGGUGUCUGUAGACGCUCUGGCUCCUGCUGUCCAAACGCUGGCUCCCGCCAUACCCGUCAGCGUGUCCCUGCCUCCGCCGCAGRCCGCCAUGCCCAUCACCGUCCAGGGCUGCCCCCAGGUGCUGACGCAGGAAGGUCUGGCCACUCUGAUGACGGGUAUGAUGGCUCAGACGGGGUCACUGGGUCAGCCUCUGCUCAUCCCCCUCAACAUGGCUGGUUCUAUUGGUGGCCAGGGCGGCUUAGCCGUUCUCACUCUCCCAACCACUAGUGUUGCAACUCUUCCUGGUCUCACCGCAGCCAACCCGGCUGGAAACCUCCUCAAACUGCCCUUUGCCGGCCUUCAAGCUGCGACGGUCCUGAGUUCAGUCCAGCCUCAGCUGCAGACGAGCGCGCCGACAGUUUUCCAGCCUCAAACGGCCUCCUUACAGCCGCUGCAGAGCGCUGUGCAGCACGUGCCCCCUCAACAAACACAGGUCACCGGCGCUCAGGCGCCCUCUGCCGCCCCCACCAUCUCUCAGUCUAACAUAUCUUUGGCGGCGCUUCAGACCGCGGGACUGUCCAUCAACCCCGCCAUCAUUAACGCUGCUUCUUUGGGUGCGCAGCCUCAGUUUCUCAGUUCUCUGACCUCCACGCCCAUCAUCAGCAGCGCCAUGUCCAGCAUGGCGGGCAUCACCAGCCAGAUCAUCACCAACGCCCAAGGACAGGUCAUAGGAACUCUCCCAUUGUUAGUGAACCCAGCCUCUCUGGCCGGAGGGGCUGCGACUCCCACUCUGCCCCUCCAGGGUCUCCAGGUCCAGACCGUCACCCCGCAGCUGCUCCUCAACACGCAGGGUCAAAUCAUUGCUGCCGUGGGGAACGGACCUGCUGCUGUCGUAACUUCUGCAGCMGUUCUGCCGAAAACCAGCUCUCCUCCGACACUGAACAAAACAAACACACAGCCCUCAGUGACAACAGUAACUCAGUCACCAGUCGUCAUCGCACCACAGCCAUCUGUGCUGAAGAGCCCGACCACACUCUCCCCAACAGCUCCUAUCACCUGUGGAGACAUCGCAAAAGUGGGCCAGCUCGUUAGCAAACCCCAGCAGACAGUCAGCAGUGAGGAAGGCAUUAAUUUGGAAGAAAUCCGAGAGUUUGCCAAGAAUUUUAAGAUCCGACGGCUGUCCUUGGGUCUCACUCAGACACAAGUAGGGCAGGCGCUCACAGCAACAGAGGGUCCGGCUUACAGCCAGUCUGCCAUCUGCAGGUUUGAAAAGCUGGACAUCACCCCUAAGAGCGCUCAGAAGCUGAAGCCCGUGUUGGAGAAGUGGCUGGCCGAGGCUGAGCACUGGAACCAGAAAGGCCAGCAGAAUCUGAUGGAGUUCGUCGGAGGCGAGCCAUCCAAAAAGCGCAAGCGGCGCACCAGCUUCACGCCGCAGGCCAUCGAAGUGCUGAACUCCUACUUUGAGAAGAACGCCUUACCCACGGGCCAGGAGAUCACAGAGAUCGCCAGAGAACUGAACUACGACAGGGAGGUUGUACGAGUGUGGUUCUGCAACCGACGACAGACGCUGAAAAACACCAGCAAGAUCAAUGUCUUCCAGGUUUAACAGCGACCUCAUUCUGGGACAUUUCUCCUCCACUCACGCUUUGUACUUUUAGGAAUCGGAGUGUGUAAUGCAGCAGCACAGAUGCAGAUUGAGUUCAGAGUUCAUCACAUUAAGGUUGAAAGAAAGUAAUUCAAGAAGGAAAUGACAUGUAUUAUGAAAGAUUUGUGUUCUACGUAGGGCUGGGCGAUAUUGAUAAUUAUUGGUUUGUUUUAGACAUCGGUCUGACUCUUGUUGAACUUAAAAUAUCUGCCAUAGUGGUGAUGUGACCUUUUCUCUUUUAUCCACAGUUUCCUCUCGAGUUGUUGCACUCAUUUUCUCUUUUCACUCCAUGCCGUUUUUUCUCCUUCAUUUUUAAUCUGCUCGUUUUUCCACGUUUUUUGCUGGUUUACCUUGUUCAGCUGCAGGCUUUUAGCUUUUGAGGUGUUUUUGACACCCUCUUCAGAAUUUAGAUGCCUCAUUUCAGUGUGAAGGAUCCUAAAUCAAAAAUUAAUUUCAUAUUAACGGUGGUGGACUGGUCCAGCAAGCUAGCGCUAUAUCGCUCGAAUGUGCCGACAAGAGGAAGAGAAACCUCCCGGUUUACACAUUUCAAAAUUACAGAAGCCGAGUGSGGACGUCUUCAACAUAUAAUUAUUUCACAAUGGUUUUCUCCAGAUAACAAGUUAUGAUUUUCUGUGCAUCAUUCAAUAAUCAUGGAGACGGCCCGAUCACCUCAGAUGGUCACCGAUAAAGUUUAUUAUAUCAGCAGGAUCACUGUGUAACCUCCUGCUGAUCUGCAGUCGGGCCAGCCGUCUCUUUAAAUGAUGAGUGCUGAUAUGAAAGUUAUAUGUAGAAGACAAAACAAAUCACAGUUUCACUCUGUGUAUUGAUACACAAAUGACACAAAAUUCUGUACAUUAUAUUAAACCAGAUUUGCCUGGUUAAAUAAAUAAAUAAAUAAAUAGUAAACUUCAUCGAUGACCAGCUGAGGGGGACCAGGCUGUCUCCAUGUUUUCUGAAGAGCGGAAAACCAUCUGGAAAUUAACUCAUUCUCUCGAGAAAAUGGUCCUCGUUAUUUCGUGACGAGAAAUCACAAGAAAACCAUGGAAAAUAAUUACAUGCAAAAACUGGCCGCUUUUGGCUUCCGUACAAAAUAAAGCGUGAGCAAUUUAUUAUUAUUUUUUUAAGCGGGGAUUUGUCAUCCAUUAACAGCUUGAAACUUUUAUUUUGAAGAUGCAUCUUAGCUUUCCUGGUGUUUARCUGAAAAAUCCUAGAUUAUUUAAUCAGAAAGUUGUCAACCGUUAGCAGUUACAGUAAUACCAAGUGAAAUUAUCRAUAAUAUAUCAGACGUGUUUUUUAUUCACAUUGAACACGUAUCUGUCGUGAUAUAUGUCUAGUUAUUGAAUUAUCGCCCAGCCCUAGUUCUAUAGUUGUAAAUGUGAACAUCACUCCUGUGGUGCUUACCCAGUUAUACUGCAUGGUCCUUUUAAAUCUCACAGGUUUAAGAUGUUUCAGAUUUUUACAAGCUACCCCCCCCCCCACACACACACACACACAGACAGACAUAUUGAUUUCAACCUAUUUUUAAGGUAAUGUAUUUAAUCCAGACUCUUGUUUAUUUCAUAUCUAAGUAGUACUUUUACAGAAAGAGCAGCAGUGCAGACAGGCAUAAGGCUUGAUAGAUCCUUUUUAAGCCCUAGAGCUGAGGGACAAUCAUCAUUUUGGUAUUUCUCAGUGGAUAAUCAUAAAGAUGAGUUCAAACUCUACAGUUAUUCCYUCUUAUUAUGUAUUAUUAUUCUUAUUAUGUAUUAUUCACUUUUUUAUAGCUGUGUGAACUUGUGUCCACAGGAAGAGUUAAAUCUGACGCUCCAAACACCGCCACGUCUUCUCCAACUAACGCUGCGUUUUUUUUUUAUUUUGUCUGAGUUUUUAAUAAUUUGAUUUAACAUUGUGGGGACAUUUUUUUUAUGAACUGAUAUUCUAAAUCUCAGUGUGGGUGCCACAUGAUGUGUGAAAACUCCAAUUUGUCUUAGUUUUUUUAGACUUUAUUUUAUGUGCGUUUUAUGCUCAGAGUAUUUUUUCUUUUUUUUUAAUGAAACCAUUUUGACGCUUUCCUUUCUAACCUGACAAUGAGGCUUUUUACUUACAGAGUUUCAUAAAGAAUAAGGAUUUAAAUCAGCUUCAUUUAGUCUCAUGAACGGUAGCGUUUCUCUACAUGUUCUUAUUAAGCUUAGAAUCAUUCAAACUGUUUAUAGGACUUAACAGGUGUAAUUAAGUGAAGAAAUGUUGUGUUAUGGUUUUCAGUUUGGAUAAGUUAGUGGACACUUUGUGAUAUGAAGUUAUUUUCAACUGGAGACAAACUUUGGSAAUUGCUUUUUGUUUUGCAACUUUCUAAAGAUUUGUUUGCACUUUAGUGAAAGCAGGGAAAGUGAAAAGGUUUAAAUGGUUUACAUCCAGUUUAGGUUUUGGUUGUGUUCAGUGACAUGUUUUUGUUUUUUGUGUAAAGUUAAUCAAAGGUUUGCAUUUAUUGGCCUUGAUCAGUAAGAGGCUUUGUCAAUUGUAGCAGUACUGACAAAAUUUGUCACUUUAUUAUUGACUUUUUAUGCAGACUGAAUGUAAAUGAGUACAGAAUAUGAAAAAUUGAUAUGCAUUAAUAGCAAAAAUGUCUUGAAUUUGUAAAAAUACGUUAAAUUUUUAAUUAAGUGCGCUGCCUUAUAUUUGUUUUUUGAAAGACAUCAGGCCAUUAUUGGAGUAAUAUUAGAGCUAAAUAGGUUUAAAACAACUGAAGACAAUAAUGGUGUUUAAUUUACUCAGUUAUCCAGUGGAGGAAAAGAGGAACAAUUCAUAGAAAAAUAAAAUAAAGCCAAUAUUCAUAUUGUUCUGCAAAGCAGACAAGUGACAAGAUUUGUGAAACAAAUAACAAUGUUUUGUCAUUUUUUUCUGUCAGAAAAUAAACAUGUUUUAUUAACCAUG